AUGUUAAUACAUUGGUUAAUUUUAUUAAUUAAUUUUCUAUUUAUUAUUAUAAAUGCUGAUAUUAACAAAAUUAAAUAUUCAUCUAUACAUAAGGCUAUCAUUGAACAUGGAUCAUAUGAUAUUUUUACUAAUGAUUCACUUAAUCAAUCUUGGAAAGGAACAACUCAAAAAAUUUUAAUUCGAGUAACUCGUCAGAAUGAAAAAUCAAUAGUAAAUGAUCGACAUCGUCGUGAAUCAGUUGAUACUGAAGAAAUUUGGGGCAUGGCUAAAAAGGUUGCUAUAACAGUAUUCGUUAUUGUAUCUUUAUGUAUUGUUUGCUGUAUUGUUACAACAAUAUGUAUUUGUAUUAAAUGUUGUUGUGGUGGUAGUGGUAAUAAUAAACGAAUGAGAAAUCAAGGUUUUAUUACUACACCACAACCAAUUGUUAUUCAUACAGGUUCAUCAAAUUAUCCAUCACCAUAUAAUUAUCAACAAGCAGUAGGAUCAUCAUCAUUACAAACAUGGACAUCUGAAAAUCAUCCAAUGUUACCUCAACCAAGUGCACCACCACAACCUAUAGAUGAUUAUCUUACGGAACGUCCACCACCUUAUGAAAAAAUUUGUACAAGUAGAUAA